AAGAUCAAAAAUUAAAUGAAAGAUUGUCGGCUUAUUUCCUGUGGCGGGAACUGGUUAAAAACUGUAAAAUGGCUGCAAGUUUAGGGGCGUUUUCCCGUCUUUUCUAUCAGAACUGCAGGAUUUGGAGUGUCAGUACCACAAGACCUGGUCUACUUGGCAGCAGUAGUCAACCAAAGCUACCAUGGAUGCAGGAUAGAAAGGAGUUUUCUGAGGACAUCCCGGCCAAACCCAAGAGACCUCUGACAAGCUUCUUCCAGUUUACCUCCGAGCAAAGACCAAAACUAACAGCGAUGGAACCAAAUCUCAGUGUAACUGAUGUGACAAAGAGGAUAGGGGCAAUGUGGAGAGACUUGUCUGAAGAUGAGAAAGAGGUUUAUAGGUUAGACUUUGAAUCCAGAAGAGAAAAAUACACAGAGGAGAUGGAGGAUUAUAGAUCAAGACUGACAGACGAGCAGCUGGAUUCUAUGUCGGAAAUUGACAGAAACAAACGAGAAAUGAAGGCAAAACGCCGACACAAAUCAGAAAUGAAGAAAUUGAACAAACCUAAAAGGCCGCCAACCGGAUACUCUCUCUUUAUCAAAGCACAUUUCAACCAGCAGCCUGCUGGAGGAAGGACAAGAGAAGAAAUAAAGGCUCAAUUCAAGGAAGCAGCAUCAAUAUGGCAUUCAUUACCUGACCAUGAAAAACAGCAAUACCAUGAGGAAGCAUCCCUGCUGACGGAGACAUACAGAGAGGAGAUGGAGGAAUGGAAGAGGAAAAUGGAAGGGGAAGGCAUCUCAACUUGAUCCUUUCGUCUUCUGUCUUCUACUUCUUUCCAAAACCUAAGAUGAACACCUGAGCUCUCAAUGGAAAACUGAAUUGUAUUUCUCAAUCAAGUGGAAAUGUUUCUGCAUCUUUGCAGCUUUAAAAGAUGUUUUAUAUUUCAUUUAAUCAAUGAAUAAAAUUGGCAUAAUUCACCAAGGACAGAAUUCACAAAGGAGGUUUAACCGUUCACUCGCUAUGGAUCAAACCUCAGACUUGUACAUUGUUUGGAGCAUGUUUUAUACACCUACGUUGUAAGUGUGAAAAAAGUUGAGCUUAAACAUGGGAUUCAAAACAAUUGCAAGGUCUCAAACAUUUAUUCGUCUCAAGAUCAGGAUGUUAAUUAUAAUUUUCUUUAAAAUAUAAGUCAUUUUGGAAAAAAUCCCAGAGCUAUUGUGAUACUACAGGUCUGUCAUGAUUCCCACAUGCUUUGUACAUGUACAUGUAUGUUAUAAAAGAUGCACUUUUGCUCUGUAGUUCAUUUUGACUACUCCUGACCUUAAUAUUACUUGCUUCCAACCAUACCUGUCAUAACUUACAUGUUAAUUUGUGUCCUGUAUGUGAUGAACACAGUUCAGUCCUGUUGAGUAUGGUUAGAUUUUAUAAUACACGAUACAUGUACUUUCGAUCUAACUUUUGUGCCAAAUAUUAGCACUAGUAGGGCAAUAGUUGCAUUUACACUAAUCCACCUGAAUACAUCUAUUGAAAUCUUUAUAUAUCUAUAUUUCAAGUUAUCAUUUGGCAUCACUAAAAUUUGAUGGUGACCAAGCCUCUUUGAUACUGAGUAUUCAUUAUGUUCAAGUACCGGUAGUGAUUUUAUCUUGUAAAGACAAAUAUGUGUUUUUAUAUCAUUUGUAUUGUAUGUAAUGUGUUGACAGUAUUAAAUAAUAGAGACCUGUGUCCUGUGGCAGUGUCUAUGGCUGGUGUAGAAUACAGAGGAUGAGGAAGCUGCAGAGAAAAGUUUGAAAAUACAGUCAAACCUGCUUUAGUGACACCUGUCUACAAAGACCAUAUUUUUUGUUUCCCUUGAAAAUGGUUUCUCAUCAAAGGAACCUGUCUUCAACAAAGACCACUUUUUGUGUUUCCCUUGGGCGGUCGCUAUAGACAGGUUUGACUGUAUCACAUGUAUUAUAUGUUAUGCACGCUGUUUUAUACAAGGAUGAUGAAUAUUAUGAAUGAAAUUUGUCAUUCAAAUCAUGACAUCUCAAAUCUUAUAUAUUCACCUAACCGUACCUAUAAUGAUGUACAUUGUGUUUGUAUACAAAAGUUAUGUUAUGUGGGAUGUUUCAUUGGUUUUAUACACUUGCCUACCAGACCCCCACACAGUCACGGCGAACACAUUUAUAAGAAGGGCAUUUUUGUAGAAGAGAAGGGAGUGUUGUACAUAGCUUUUGAGAGGCAGUUGUGCCCCCUCAACGAGCAUGCAUUAUGCACACACUCGAGUACUGCAUAUUUUAUAAUAAAAUUGAAUGAUGAAAACUAU